UGCGAGCAGUGAAAAGUGUGGUGCUUGCCCAAAGUCGCAUAUCGCCGCGCGCGCAUAAAUAAUUAAUGAGUCGCAAAUGAUCUAUCUCGUGCCAGUCUCCCCUGAAGGAAGCCAGUAGCAGCUCUCUUGGGCAUUAACUAAAAGUGCACUUGAGCCUAGUGCGAAGAAACAAGUUCACAAGAAGAAAACAAGUGGCUACGCCAAAUGUAUUAGGGUUGAAUACACAGAGGGUAUCAUACUUAUUAAUGGUGAGUGACUCGACUCGAGCGAGCAGCAGGUGUGAAAGCAAAAGUGACACUUCCGUUUGACAGCCGCGCAUUUGGGCCUUGCUUUGGGGUUGCUUCGAUCGAGAUUACGAUCGAUCGAUAGCUUCCUUUGAGGUGGGAGUUUCGAGUCAGCGAAACUACAAAAGUGGAGUUGAUAUGCCAAUCUUGGAACCUGACCUGGGCACCCCGGGCUGAAAAAGUCGAUUGUCGCGUGCCUUGCGAAGUUGUCUUAAUUCCUGCAGGUCGAAGUAAUUAAUUCAUACGAAAAGCAACUAUUGAGCGAAACCAUCGGAUUGCCAGGAAGACAACCGAGACCAACCCACGGAAAGCAGGUCAGAUCUGGCAUUAGGAGAACGGAUCAAUUGUUCAGGCCUCCCUAUUUGAUAGUCACUUGGAAUCGGAUCCGGCCAGAACGAGGGUUUGGCCUUCUGGAAUAUUCCCCGCUUUACCCCAACAGACCUUCUCUUGAUCUGUUCUUGUAAACUCGUGCUGCAACACCCGUGUAUGUUUGUUUCUGCUGCUGUGGUGUCCCACCUGAUCAGAACCUUAACCGGCUUUAGGCCCUGGCCGCGCAUUGACGGCAACAGCUGCUGAUAAGUGAUUUAGUGACUACACACUCUAAAAGCCUCUAGACAACCUCCUAUAGCACCCAUAGAACCUUCUGAUCGCAGAAUCGCGAUCGAUCGAGUGUGUGCGCCCGCGAUCGGUGAGAGGUUGAGGUUUCUCCAGGUUCAGUUCAGUUCAGUUGACAGCUCGUCGGACUCUCAGAACGUCGUCGGCCAAGGUGCAAUCUGUUCUCAGCAGCAGCAGCAGCCCCCAAUCUCCGCAAAAGGAUUAUCAUUUUGAUACCGGUGUACUGGAAUUUUAAUGGUUUACAUGAAUGGACUCGGAAAUGACCCUCUGUCUGCGAAGGAGGCAGAGGGCCCUCCAGUCCAGCUGGAACCAGUUGAUCUCAGCGUUCGCUCGCCACCAAAAGAUGUUUCUGAAAAGCCCAUCGUUGCCACCGUCGGCGCCAGCCUCCGGGUCCGCAGCAGUAGCAGUAUCCUGAAACGACCACCACCGCCGCUUAUCUCAGCGCCACACCUGUUAGCAUUAAGGCACAAAACGAAAGACUUAUUUUUCACCAUCAACAACAAUGCCAGUAAACCGCAUUCCCCCUUCACUGCCAGUCACCUUUUUUCUUCCCUGUGCGGGAACGUCAGCGGCAACGAAGACGACGUAGCCCUAGCCAAUAACAAUAACAAUAAUUUAAGCCACAAUAACAACUACCUUAGUGAUGAUCCGAAAUCGAGUACCUUCCGGGAUGUGUUCCCUCCACUGUACAACAAUUACUGUGUUCAGCAACCAGCAAGUCCUACCCAGCUGUUUGCGCCUUUCGUUGGUGCAUUCGGCCACCAUGUGCCACAUCCGCAGGACACCAUUGGCCGCCAUUCCCCGCCAUCAUCCCAUCUACACCAUCUGCCCUUCCUGGAUCUGCCCCAUCAUCCGCCGGUGACAGCCCAGCAGGUCGUUGGAUCCCCACAAACUUCACCGGUGCCCCCCAGUGUACUUAGUUCAAAAUUGAUGCCAUCGAUCCCUUUGGCGGCCUCGAUAGCGUCGAUCGCCUCGAGUCUGCCCAAGAAUCACCCGCUCAGCGAAUCGGCAACGGCAGCUGCCGCCUUCCAUCGACUCCUACAACCGUCCUCCUCCUCGGCAACCUCCGCUUCGAUGGCCAAUACGGCAGCAGCAGCCGCAGCCAUGGCUGCUAGUCGGGCCUUGCUGGAAGCACAUCAACACCGCACCACCACCACCACAGGUAGCCGCAGUCCUGACGAUCGCUACAAACCGGAACGGAUCGAUUUCUCUCUAUCGCCACGCCCACCUCCUGACGAUCACGGGGGACGUGAAGGUUCCAAAAGUGCCAGUAGCGGCGGCGUUGGAGGGAUCACCAAGAACCGCAAAAUACACCGAUGCGAUGCCAGUGGCUGCGAUAAGGUGUACACCAAAAGUUCGCACCUGAAGGCCCACAAGCGUACGCAUACAGGUGAAAAGCCAUACAUCUGCACCUGGGAGGGUUGCGUGUGGCGUUUUGCACGCUCCGAUGAACUAACCCGACACUUUCGGAAGCACACCGGCCUGAAGCCGUUCCGCUGCAAGCUCUGUACACGUUCCUUUAGCCGUUCGGAUCAUCUGUCGCUGCACAUGAAGCGGCACUGAGUUAACUUAGCUAGUAGGUACUAGGAUUUCUGUAGGCAUUGUGUAGGAAAAACAUCAUUAACUGAAGCUACGAAGAAUCUCAUCCGCAAUUCUCUCUAUCGUUUUAAAACCAAUUGCUCUCUGUCUUAAUCUCUUUUCAAGUUAUUGUCGACCCUCUUUGAGGUUCAAUGAGCUAAGUAUUUUCAUCUUAUAAGGUAAGGCCUGCGUGAUAAAUUAACUUCUCGGGAUGAAUAAGUCAUUGAUACUUAAAAAAACCCUGAGAACAAAAUCAACUUCAUCAGUUUCUACUUAUCGAAUCUAUUGAAUGUCGGAAUGGGACCAACUUUGCCUCACUGUUCAAUUUCUAACCUAGUAUCAUUUUUUUUUCAAAUUUUCAUAACAAAAUGGAUAAGGAUGGUGCCUGACGAUAUUUUAAUUCUAGUUGUGAAAGACCUGGACGAUUGUGUAGACUGAACCUGAACUCGUGGAUGUUUGCUUGGCGAAAGAGACGCAUUUCGACUGUCAAAGGAACUGUCCACGAAUUAACGCUACCUAUCGAAUCAUAAGCAACACCUUUGAAAUCUUUCUAACAAACUUUCGCCUUCUAUUUCUUCGAAUCCUUGUCUGGGAAGUAUGGCAAAUUUCUUUGUUGUGCCGACGAAUCUUUUCUAACAGUGCUAUCAGCCCCUGACUUUCGAACUUUAAGUUCGAGAGCUCACA